AAAUUAAUGAUCAUGAGCUCGUAUUUGAUGGAGUCUAACUACAUUGAUCCGAAAUUUCCUCCAUGCGAGGAAUAUUCGCAAAACAACUACAUCCCCGAGCAUAGUCCAGAGUAUUACAGCCGCGCAAGGGACCCCGGCUUCCAGCAUCACCACCAGGAGUUAUAUCCUCCUCCGCGGGCGAGCUACCAAGAGCGCCAGUUCAACUGUGCAAGCAUCCCCGAACCCGACACGCCACGGGGACACGGAAUACCCCACUCUGCGCACCUGCUGACAGGGAAAGGGCAGCCUGCUUCAUGUGAUACCCCACAGUUGUCCAUGUCCCCCGCCACCCCACCGGCCGCCACCUCCGCCUGCAACCAAGCCACCCCGGAGCAUCCAAACAGCACAGCCUCCUCCAAGCAGCCCGUGGUGUACCCGUGGAUGAAGAAAAUUCACGUCAGCACCGCGAACCCUGGUUACAAUGGGCCGGAGUCCAAGCGGUCUCGGACAGCAUACACCCGGCAGCAGGUCUUAGAAUUGGAGAAGGAAUUCCACUAUAACCGAUAUUUAACUCGGCGGAGGCGCAUCGAGAUCGCCCACACCCUGGUUCUCUCCGAGCGACAGAUAAAAAUCUGGUUUCAAAACCGCAGGAUGAAAUGGAAAAAGGAUCACAGGCUGCCCAACACCAAAGUGAGAUCCUCCACCUCCUCCUCCGGGUCCAACACAGGCUCAGCAGCCGGCGCUGUAGCCGCUGCCUCGGCCACUAACACUGGGGCCCCCGACGAACUCUCCGGAGCACAGCAUGGCGAGGAUAUUACCAGCCCUACAGGUGCAGAAACGCGGGCAGCUCGUGGAAAUGUUGUCUGA